AUGGCUCCCCGUGGGCCCGCGAAAACCCGCGACUAUGACUACUCAAACGUUGGCAAAGCCGGAAGGCGUACCGGGAUCACUUUGAAAGAAGGCAAGCGCGACGAACAUGGAAUGGAAGACAUAGAAGGGAUGUGGUCAUCCCCGGAAAAUUCACCUUUGCGAGAUGAUGGCGCCAACGAAAAGAGCGAUGCCUCGAUUGGUUCGGAUGGUAUGUCAAUGGACGAGGGUACGUGCCAUCCUCCCCACUAUCGCAAUGAUACUCAUGCUCGGUCAUUCAAACACACAGAGAAUGCCCCCGACCCAGCAGAUUUCCUAAACAGUAUCAAAAGUGCCCGCGGGCCGUACCAUCUUCCUCCCGUUGCACGCUCUCCCCUCAAGUCCGGUCUUACCGGGUCGCCGCGGAGAACCCCCGGCUUGCGAUCCUCUCAAAGCCCGCAGCGUGACAUUCUUUCCUCUAGCCCCUCCGAUGGUAAAGGGUUGGGAAGCGCCGCGGGGGGUCCACGACAAGACGUAUCUCCUCUCACUAAUCGGUCCGUCAAUACACCCUCUUUCCACCAUGCAGCUAGCAUGCGAAGCAAAGCGAACAAAGCAUCCGAACCGGCUAUGGCGGUGGCCUUUUCGGACAGCGAUGCAAACAGCCAGUUCAAUGGAGACGAAAAUGCCGAUGUCUUUGAGCAGAUUCAAAAUGACUUUGCGGAUGGCUUCGAAACCAGUGACAAUCUUCUAGGAGAUCAAAGGGAGGAUGUGAGGCAGGAUGCUUUGGACCUGGACCCACAGUCGGCCACACCUGAACCACUCCCUCAGAAACAGACGAAGACUUCUACCAGGACUAGAAGGAAUGGGAGGAACGCGGAGACCCGAGCCGAGGAAAUUGCGCAGUCCAAUUCAGCUGAGAAUCAAGACUUUUCGAAGAAGAGGAAGCGCCCUGGAAGACCCGCAAAGAGCCAAGUUCAAUCCAACCCUAAGGGUGGUAACGAAGAGGAAAGACCAUCAAAAAAGACCAAAGCAUCAAAAACUACGGUUGACGAGCCCAAAUCAUCUGGACACCCCCAGUUGGACAAGGUCGUUGAGAACUACGCCAAUCGUACAGGACCUUUGAAGGGACGAAGCUUGUACAUCCUCAAACGGGAGGCGCCAACAGAUAACAGCACUACUCACACACGAUCAGGGCGUGUAUCGGUCAGGCCUCUUGCCUACUGGAGAAAUGAGCGAUGUGUAUACGGCGACGGCGAAGCUGCGGAGGGCCAGCGAUACCCUCUUUCAACUAUCAAAGAAGUCAUUCGGACAGAGGAACCUGAACCGGAAACGCGGAAAGCGAACAACCGGCGGCCAUCCGGAAAGUCGAAAUCGAAGAAGAAAAUCCAUCAGGAGGACGAUUCGGACAGUGAAGAGUACAUCGAUACUUGGGAAAAAAACGAAGGUGUUUUGCACGGGUAUGUGAGGAAAUGGGACCCCGAGGUCCAAACUGGCACGGAAGACGAGGAAGUUGUCGAUAUCGCCUAUGCCCCUUCUGGAAUCGAGACUCGAGAUGUGAAAGGCUCGAAGUUUCGAUUUGCCAAACUUCUGAGUUCUCCUUUCUUAGGAUCUGGAAUCGUCGAACUACCUCCCGGAGGAGUGAAAAAGCCCAAGAAUUCAAAGAAAAUGCACAUGGUGUUUUACGUCUGCAAUGGCCGAGUGCAGAUAGAUAUCUCUGGUGUACAGUUCAGUGCGGGAAAAGGCUGUGUCUUCCAAGUCCCACGAGGAAACUACUACAGCUUCGCAAACACACACGGCAAGGAUGCUCGAUUAUUCUUCACGCAGGGCUGCGUUCCGAUGGAUAAGGACGACUCCGCCCUUGAAUCGGCGUCCAAGUUAGAGACCAUGGAAGGAGAUGCUGCUACUCCGAUCACUCGACCCAGUGGUCCUGGAAAAGGCAGGUCAAGGGGCAAGCAGAAGACCAAAAAAUAG